AUCGACCAAUCAAUUGGUUGACGCGUUAAAUCGUCCGAUUAGCCGAAAUCGGAGAUGGUAAGACUGGGCUGGAGGAACACUCGUGGAGAGAGCGCACGUGGAUGUGGAGAGAGCGCUUCUCUUCUCUAAUGGCGUCGCUCAGUUCGUACUACACGCUGUGUCCGCUCAUCGAGCAGCAGAGUUUACUGGGCGUCGAAAAGGACAAGGAACAAGGUUGUGCAAUAGUAACACUCGGCAGAAACAUAGUGAUACGUUACAAGCUGCAGGAUCAGAAACAGAACAGCAGUUGGUCCAGCAAAGAGAGACUGACGACGCAAGUCAUCUACGACAGAUCCAAGCAGCGUUACGUCGCCGCCUUCAAUGAGAAAAAGAUACGAGUCUGGUCGGAGAACGAGACCGAUUUGAGCAAUGUGAAGGGAUACAAGUUUCAGUCUCCGCUUUACGCUAUUCUGCCGCAAGACGACGCGUCUCCCGUUGUGGUGCAACAAAACGGAGCCACAGCCUCUCUGGAGUGGGCAAUCGCGAACAGAAAGACAUGGACGAGCAACGGUAUUAUCAAAGCCAAGGAAAAACUGUCGGAAUGCAAGUUGAUACAUCUGAACGGUCAAACGAGCUUGUUCUGCCUGACGAAGAUAGAGGAGGUCUACAAUUGUCUCGUGGUCAGACUGGAAGAUGACACUUGCUUGGAGAUGAUGGAAACUGUCAGACGGAUAGAAUUGAAGAGGAGAUCGGAAGAUCUUGUGGGACAUGUGGUGGUACACAACAAGAACAACGCUUAUCUGUUGACUCUGUGGUCGCACGGUAGAUUGUACAGUCACUUUUUAACGGGAGCGUCUUCCUACUCGGAGUCUAGCAGAUUAAUCAGCGUAAUUACCAAUAUCAAUACGAAAUAUCCCGUGGUCAUGACUCACUUGGACGAAACAACCAUAGCGGUUUACGGAGCGGAUGUAGCGGACGAAGGAGCGGUGCUGAUGAUAUACAACGUACAAUUCAAGUUGGUGCAGGCGGCGCAAAAGCUGAAGCUGUACACGAACGACGCGAAAAUCUGGAAGGUGGAGGACAAAUUGUUGCUCGCGGCAAACAGACACUUGGCCGUCGCACCCUUUCAUCUCGCGCCACAACGAAUAGCCGCUAUGGUGGGCUCGUCUCUGCACUUUAGAAACGACAAUCACGACACGGACGAUAUUGUCGUGAUACAGGAAGCGACGGUGGCUCAUUGGGACGAGAAGGAAACGUUCGCGAAGAACCCUUCGAUGAGUGACAUACCUUCGAACAUUCGCAAAUCGGUUCAGAGUUACUUGAACGAGGGUUGGUGCGACUCGGCGAUACACGAAGCGCUUAUCCCGCGCCUGAUGGAAACAGGCGACGUCGUGUCGAUCUGUUGGUGUCUCAACACGUUCAGAGAUCUGUCGGAAAAGUUACUGGUGGACCUUUUGGUGUUUGCGUUGAAGAAUCCGGACAAGGUUCACAUGCAAAACGGCACGAGCGAUGCCAACUCAUCGAACGCUGAUUGUUUUCUUGACAAAUUAUUCGAUAUCAGAUAUUCCAGUGUUUCUCUAUUACCUCACUUGAAAACUACAUUGACUUUCGACCAGGUACUGAAACUGUUGGAGUAUUUAAUGUGCAAAUUGAACGAGGAAACGGAUUCGUUCGACAAUGAUCUAAACGAAUGCAAGAUCUACGACUGGAUCUGCGUGCUUCUCGAUUCUCACUAUCAACAUUAUCUGUUGUCUCGAGACGCGCAAGUGUCGAAGCUGUUCGAUCAGCUGAAUUCGGUCUUGGAAGAUCACUUCAAGUUUCUGCAAAAUCUCGAAAAUCUGAGGCCUAUAAUAGAUCGGAUCGGCAACGGAAAACCCUUGCGAUCUUCCUCCACAAUAUACAACAAAUUUUAUUCUAUAGAAGAAAUAAAACUUUAUUAGAUUAUAAUAGGAUAAAUCAAGAUGAAGAAACAAGCGGUCCUUCGUCGUCACAUAGAUCGGUGAAGAGACGUUGUGUUGUACUUUUUUAUACAAAAACAAUGUUGUGUACUGUUUUCGUUUUAUAAAUAUAAAUAAAAUACGUGAGUCAGAGA